AACGGAAUAUAAAGUGUAAAAUUUUUACCGAAAAAAAGGAUUUUAUAAUUACAAUAAAAAUGACCAGUGAACAUGCUAUUUCUUUUGAUGAUUUGGAAAAGCGCCGGCAAAAAGCGGCCGCCGCUCGUAAACCUUCUAACGUUCAACCGGUAGUGGAAACAGAAUCUGAAGCUAUGCGUGUAAUUAAUGAAAUUUUUAAUCCCACUUUAAAAUUACCAGUGUCAACAGGUCCUUAUCGACCACCCGACGAACUUACAACCGAUGAUUUUGAUGCUAUGCGAGAUUUAGAUGUUCGAAAGUUGGCCGAACUAAAAGAAGUAUUUUUAUUAUUUGAUACCGAUUGCGAUGGAUUGAUAUCGAAAGAUGACUUACGAUUUACUUUUGGAGCUUUAGGUUCCGAAGUUACCGAAGAAAUGUUGGAAGAGAUGUUAAAAGAAGCCAAAGAACCCUUGAACGUAGAUGCAUUUGUGGAAUUAAUGAGUCAUCGUACGAUUGAGUUAGACCCCGAAGAUGUAUUGUUAGAGGCCUGGAGUAAAUGGGAUCUAUAUGGUACUGGAAAAAUUGAGGAAAGAAAAAUGUAUGAAGAAUUAACCAAUUUUGGUGAUAAAAUGUCGUUGGCUGAGGCACAAGAAGCUUUGCGGCAUGCUCCAUUAGUGAAAUCGAAAAAUUUGGAAGAUCCACCCAUGAUAGAUUAUCCAGCUUUUUGUCGUCUAUUAAGUGGUGUGAGAAAGCGCAAAGAAACUACAGAAUAAUUUUUAAAAUAACUGAAAAAAACAAAUUAAAUUUAAUUAUAAAUUAACGCCAUAUACAAAGCGUUACAAAUCUUAAAUCAUUUAAUUUAUUCAUAAUUUUCUUUUAUGUAUUUAUUUGAAUUUUAAUUUAAUAAACAUAUUAUUGAUUUUAAA